AACCUAAAACAAACAUAUAGCUCCAAAACUAUACAAAAUCAAAACUGGGAUAUUAUACUAAUUAUUCAUGAGAUUAAACGUACUAAGAAUAUUACUUUUACCCUUCAUAAAAUUAAAUCACGCUCUAAUGCACUCCAAAACCAAGCAGACUUGCUUGCUAAACGAGGCUCUAACAAAACUAUUUUAGAAAUAUCUCAUAACUAUAUCAACUUACCAACUCACUUUUUAUGGAAAGACUACUUAAUUCCUUUUAAAGCACGAGCCUUUAUUAAAAAUACAUUCACUAUAAAAGAACUCUAUACAUGGUCUCUACUCAAAAUCUUUAAAGAUCUAUCAGAAAUCGAAUGGACAACAUGCUUCGAAAUCUUAAACUCUAUUGCACACAAUCCUUCAAAAUAUACUUUCAGAACUAAAAUUCUAACUGAUAACCUUCCAACUAUGGAAAACUUGAAUAUUCGAUAUCCUUACCUAUACCCUACGCCAAACU